GAUAGACCGUACGAAGCUAAGCUUGAUAUGACGCUCAAGAAGUUCACGUCGAAACCGAUCAUCAGUUUAUCGGUUAUCCCAGAACAAGACAUGUUCUUAGCACUGACAACUGAUGGUGAGUUUCACUGUGCUAGCCUCGUCACAUAUCAAACUGUAAACAUUGGUAUACCACGUCUUAAGGGAUGUUCCACUUUUGCCGUCGACUGGCACAGGCUAAAAGGUUUCAAUGCUUAUUUAAGAGUUUGUAUUGUCCUUAAGAAAAAGUUACUGAUCUAUACGUACUUUGGCGGUACAUUCACUCAGACUAAUGAUUUGGUUGUCCUUGAAACUCCAAAGAUGGUCUCUUGGUUAGGAGAAGGCAUCAUAUUUUGUAUAAAGAAAGAUCUCUACUACAUGUCUCUUGAUGGUUCUUCCAAAGAGUUAUUUUCAAUCGGUCAGCAUCGUUCUGAGCCAUGUGUGCUCCCAAUAAUGAGAGGAGACAAGCAGGAGAUGCUGGUACUGAACGACGACAAACAGAUUAGUUUAGACACAGAAGCUAAACCUACCCAACCGUCUGCUCUGGUUUGGUCGGAGAACCCAGUCUCCAUAAUACACAUUCAUCCUUAUAUCAUUGGCAUGUUGCCACGAUCCAUUGAAAUACGAGCAUUGGAACAAAAGCUGCUAGUGCAGAGUAUAAAGACGAAUGAGCAGAUCAAAGAUCACGUCAGAUUCAUUGCACACGAUCAAGUGACUUUAGUCGCUAGUCACACUCAGGUGUACAAGUUAGAACCCAAAGCAUACGAGAAGCAGGUCCAACAGUGUGUGCUCACCAAGCAAUUUGAACUAGCACUGGAAAUAUCAGAGCUAAUAAAGGAGACUGAGAGCGAGAGGAAGUUGAGGAGGGAGGAGAUAUUACGUCGUUAUGCUUUUUAUCUUUUCACUCGAUUUGAGUUUGAGAAAUCACUUAAGUUCUAUUUAGAAAUAAAUGAAGAUCCAAUAAAAGUGAUUGCCCUGUAUCCUCAUUUCCUCCCAAGUGAGCACAGGCAGAACCUGUCCCUACCCACUUCCCCACCCACUUUCACCGGAGAAGACUUAAAGAAAGCAACUGAGUUUCUCAUCAAAUAUUUGACACAGUUACGAUAUUUGGAGCAGCAGAACUUGCAGCAGCUGCUGACGAGAAUGGAGAACAAACGGGAGGACUCUCCAAUUGAUAGUGAAUCCAAGAAAAAAAUAGAUGCAAGACUUCAACUGAUUGACACAACACUACUCAAAUGCUAUAUAAAGACUGGUAAUAAUACUUUGAUUGGGUCUUUGGUCCGUUUGCCCGAGAAUCACUUACACCUGGGAGAAAGUGAGAGGGUUUUGAGGAACGACGAAAAGUUUCAAGAAUUAGUUCAACUCUACCAAACUAAAGGACAGCACAAAUUAGCUUUGACCAUGUUACACAGUUUCCACGGAGGUCCAAACUCAUCGCUCUCGGGGGUGUGGCCAACCAUCAGACUAUCUUCAGAACCUCGGCAGCGAGAAUAUAGAGCUUAUACUUAAAUAC